AUGGCCGAUGCCGCACACGCACUGGAUCUUGCUCGAAUCCGGUUCCAGCUUAUGGUUGUCACUAACAAUGGUAGCCGUCUCGAGGACACAAUCACCUUCCAUCUUAUCGAGAGAGUGCAGUUUGCAUUGAAUGGUACCAUCUAUGUUCCUGGAGCUGUCGAACUGCCUGAGGCCAACUUGAGCUUCCUCGACUGGUACUUUCGAGAGCAGGAGAAAUUGCAGUCCCUCAUCCGACGCUUCGAAUCCCCCGACGAAUACCCCUUCUUCCCCGAUGCUCUGCAGAAGCCAAUCCUCAAGCCUCUCAACUAUCCCCGGAUCCUGCAUGAGAACGAUGUCAAUGUGAACGACAAGAUCAAGGAGUUCUACACGGAAAAGUUCCUCCCCGCAGUGUGCCCCGAUUUCGGCCGCGAGGAGCGGGGUGAGUCCGAAGAGAAUUACGGCUCGACCGCAACUUGCGAUAUUGCUUGUCUACAAGCUCUUUCACGGCGUAUUCAUUUCGGAAAGUUCGUCGCCGAGUCCAAGUUCCGAUCCGACGAGGAGACAUACAUCCGUCUUAUCAAGGCAGAGGAUCGGGAGGGCAUCGCGGAAUCUAUCACCAAUGCGGCUGUGGAGAAGAAGGUUCUCGAGCGACUACGACUAAAGGCUUUGACUUACGGUAAGGAUCCAUCUAUCCCUGACGGCACCGAUGGAGCGGCAAAGAUCGAUGUCGAUGCUGUCGUUUCAAUAGGCUAG